UUGGAAUUUUAGUGAAGAUUUGCCUCUUGGCCGUUCGUGUGGUGACUGGGUCUCGUUUUGAUCCACAAAUUUUGUUUUAAAAUUUAACUUAAGUUUAUUUGAACGCGAAGUACUUUUUUCUAUCGAAAAUAAACACAAUAGUUAUAUUUUUGUAAGAUUGAUUCCGACAUCCGAGUCGAAUGAACAUCAAAUUUAGUUUCUUCGCGUGAAGACAUUGAUGAGUGUUAAUAUGAAUAAAUUAUUUAAUAUUUUUUGUUUACAAACGACAUUGGUGAUUCUAUGCGCAAAGUCGGUGUAUCCUGUAAAUGAAAAUGAAGAAAAUUUACUUGAAAACUAUCUUCCAGCGUGUAUGCAAGCAUUAGCCUACUAUAUUGAUUUACUCCAGUAUGAACCAGUGGCAACAACAACAAUUGAGCCACCUUUCUAUUCAGAAGAUGAAUUAACAACUCCAACACCACCUCGAUCCACAACAACUGAAACCACAACAACCAGAAAAUCAACAUCCUCUUGGUUUCAAUCGCCUAGUUGGUGGUCAUCUACAACAACCACUCGAAAACCUAUCCCGACAAGAAAACACAAGCCGGGAUUGUAUGCACCUUUAACAGCUGAUCAGCUUCAUAUCAACCAAGGGAGCAAUAAAAAUCAAUCGAAAGAUUUUGCAAAUACUGAAACACAGGGGUCAACAAAAAUAUCGGAAAAUCAAGACUAUGUUAAACAAGAAACCUUUGAUUACAACAUAUUGAACAUUCUUCCAUUUUCACUGACACGAGACAUUAAGAAGGAACUCGAUGACCAAGAACAAUUGACUGAAGUUGAAAAUUUGGAUAACUUUCUUCGGAGCUAUGAUGAUAAAUAUGGCAAUACAAAUUCUAUUACUGGUAAGAAAAGGGUUCCACCAACAAAGCCUUAUGUGGAGUUUCUCUUGAUAUAUGACCUUUUAAAACGAGAUGCCAAAGCCUUCAAUCUAAGUAAAUAUGAGGGCUAUACGGACAAACUAAUGCAGGACCUUUAUGAACUUUCUAGUUCAUCGGCACAGCGGCAAAUGUAUACACUUCUAAAAAGAAUGCUAGACCGAAAAGAAAUCCAACGUUCGGAUGUGGUAAAUCGUGUACAAAGCUUAGUGAAAGAUUUGGGAAAUGGAAAUAGCGUGAUCUCUAAAUCCUUAAUGUUCUAUCCACCUCUGCAAUUUAUUCCAGUAUAAUUGUUAAGGAGAUCAUAUUUUCAAUAAAACUCUCAUUUAAAGUUCCUCUUUAAGUUAUAAAUUA